GGUUCUUCCUGCUCAGAUUUCUGUCCGUCGCGCUCGCCUCAGCCGCAUUGGUCCUCGUUGACCACAUCGUCUUUCGCUCUUCCUCCCUCUGUCCGUCCCCUCAAGUCCUGCCGUCUGCGCUAUCGAUCCCGCCAUGAGCCUCCUCGACUCCUACAGCAGCCUCUAUACCGAAUACCUGGCCCGCUUUGGCCUUCCCUCGCCCAGCCACCUCGAGAAAUACGGCGGCUACUACACCGCCGGGGCCGCCGUUGCCCUCGGAUACUAUGCUCUGCGCUCUUGGGCGGCCGGUGGUCGAGUCGCCAAGACCGAUCUGAAGAAGAAGCUCACCGGACGCAUCGUCCUCAUCACUGGGGCCAACACAGGCAUCGGAUAUGAAACCGCCCUGCAGCUCGCCAAACAGGGCGCCCAUGUCUACAUUGCUUGCCGGCCCUCCAAGAAGACCGACGAUGCCGUGAGCUCGAUCCGCAAAAAAUCCGGCAACUCCAACAUCUUUGCCGAAGCCUUGGACCUUGCCAACCUCAAGUCUGUUCGAUCCCUGGCUGAGCGCUGGGCCAAGCACGGCAAGCCCAUUGAUCUCUUGAUCAACAAUGCCGGCGUCAUGGCCCUGCCACAGAAAACCUUUACCGUUGAUGGCAACGAGAUGCAGAUCGGCACCAACCAUCUCGGCCACUUCCUCCUCACCGAGCUGCUGCUGGAGUAUGUUCGAAAGGCUGCAAGCCAGCAUGGAUCGGCGAGAAUCAUCAACGUCAGCUCCCGUGCCCACCGCUUUGGCUAUGUCAUCCCGAAGGAUCUGAACUAUGACCAGCGCGAGUAUGGCCCCAUGGAAGUCUAUGGCCAGAGCAAGCUCGCCAACAUCCUCUACUCGAUCCAUUUGGCCAAGCAGCUGCGUGGCUCCAAGAUCACGGUCAACGCAGUGCACCCCGGCAUGGUGCGCACCGAGCUCGGCCGCAGCAUUGGCGAUUUGCGUUUCGUGGCUUUCUUGGUCGUGCUCAACGUUGUGGGCAUCCUCAAGUCGCCCUGGGAGGGUGCCCAAACGACCCUGCAUGUUGCCCUGUCGGACGAAUGCGAGAGCAAGGUCACGGGCGAAUACUUUGCCGAGUGCAAGGUUGCCCGCAUCACCCCCAAGGACGGCCAGAUCCUCGACUCUAGACUCGAGACUGACUUUAUUCAGGAGAGCCGCAAGCUCGUUGGCAUCUAGACGGGCACAUCUGUUGUUUCUUUUCUUUCCCAACUUACCUCGUUUGUACUGGCAUCGCCCGAUCCCUGCCUUUCGUUCAAUCCACUCACACACCAUUCACCCUGGCCGCCGCAUCAAACCGUUCCAAGCCAUCGGCAAAAGUCCCCUCAUCCCUUCCCCCCCCCUGCAGUUCACCGAGAGCGCGUUGUUGUCCGUCUCGGUGGUAAUACUAAAGUGGGUGUAUUUCUGGAGCCAUUGCAGUCGAGUUUUGCCAAGAACAGAAGAGGUUGGUCAAUGCCAUUUCGUCCCGAGCAUUAAGUUGUAUUUCGGGAUGGAGUCGUGCUGAUAACUCAACACGGGUGCGGCUAGACGCGGACUUGUGUUGGC